ACCAGCAGCAAGAUUACAGAGCAUGUGUAGCAGAAACAUACGGUGUAUUAAAAUCGAGGAACAAAUGUGUGUCAGAUGUUAGCGAUGUAAACACGGUACAAUAUUUACAUACCUAUUUGUAAGUUUAAUAUACAAAGUGACGUGAGAACAGAUUUGGUUAUCGUGUAUCUAAAUACAUUUUAUCGACAAUGGCGGAACUAAGUUUGGAUUUAAAUAAUUCCCUGGAUAUGAGGAUAGCCGAAUUUAAAAAUGAUCCCGAAAAAAUGAAAAUUGUAAAUGAGUUUUUAAAUGAAAUAUUUGAUAAAGCACAAAAAGACGCAGAAAAAAAAUGUAGCAAACAAAAAGGAAAACUGGACGCUUUAGGAUUUCAGAAUGGAUCUAAAAAGAUAGGGAUUUGGUCGAAUCGUGCUAGAAGUUCCGCUAGAACCUUCGCCUCCAGACUAUUUACAACAAUAUGUAAUUGCACAAACUCUGUUAAGAGUACUUUGAUAACACGCAACAAUGGCAAUAACUAAUCAAAUAUUAAUCUCUCCAGGUAUUUUUGGGAUCAAUAAUAUGGAAAAGGAAUAGUUUAGAUUUCUUUUUUAGUGUUUAAUUAGAUUCGGUAUUUUAUUAUUUUUAUUUAGUGUAAAACGGUAUCAAUUUUUUUGUAAAGUGGUAUAACCUCGAAGCUCCGGCGGCGGCGCUCGGCGCUUCUAGGUUUCACUAAUCAACCCUCAGGUCUGACAUGUGUAAAGAAUUUUCGUCAAACCUAGGAGUGAAUAAUUUGAUCAGGCAAACGUCGAAAUUGAAUUUUAUGAAAUCGGGGUUUUACCAGUCAAACUCCAAUCAGGUAUUAAACUGUCAUAAUAUCUUAGAUUAGGUUUAAAAAAAACGUAAUUUUAAAGUUUAUGGUUGUUAUAUUUUUGUAAUUAAAAUAAGUCUUUAUUCUUACAUUGUGAGGCAUUAUGACAUUUAGGAUUGUUGCACAAUACUUUAGAUAUUUUACGUUUACAUGGUUUUGAAGAGUAUUUUUUAUAAAAGGUUUGUUCCAACACAACGAGAAACCGUCCAUGUAACGAUCACCGACCUGCGCAAUACCAUGGAACGCACGAUAUACAGACACAGAACGCAAGAAACGCAUUAUUUUAUAGUAACGUGAUCGUUACAUGACGGUUCUUCAUUGUGUUGGAACAAACCUUAUAGUAGAAUUUUAUAAAUUAUUAUUUGUUCACCAAAUUUAGAAUCUUUUGCACUAAUUUCUCUAGAGCUUCUUUGCCUGAUUUAAUGGUUUAUUCAAUCAAAAUUUAAUUGUGUUAAAUAUAUUUUUAAAUAAUAUCUCCUUGCCAUAUUUCUGUUUGUCUUGUUCUAUUAAAAACGUUCUUAACACUUUUACAAUAGAUACCGAACUAUAAAAUUUUUUCACGCUUUUAAGAAUGCUAUAGCCAUCGCAAUAUGUAGAUAUAUCUUGGAUGAGUGACGUAAAUGUCAAAAAUUGAAAACAUAACGGUACGCACAAUCUCCGUACGUAAAUAGUAAAAUCUACACAACUUAUUAGAAUUUAAAACAGUCAUAAUAUUUUAAUAUACCAAAUAAGAAUGAAUUACCUUUAUAAAAUCUACUAUUAACGGGAUCAUAAUAUUACUAAUAAAUUCUUUGUCCGA